CCACUUUCUCGCCCACAUCGGCCCAGGUCGGACAACCCCCCACUUCUGGCUACGCAACACCUCUGUUUUGCAAAUCUCAGUCUUGUGCCAUUGUUUGGAUCUACCCAAGGGCUGUCUGUACUAUCUCGAGUCUCCUUUGCGAUUCCACCCCGCAGAGACGACGUCGACCGACAAUCACCGCCUUUUCAAGAUCUUGUGGCACGCUUCGAACCUACGAACAUCCCCAGCGCCAUUAAGACCGUCAUUGCUAUCUGACGAUACCACCAUAGCCCGCGAUAUACCCGUCUUGCGAAACACCACCCUCGAUUAUUUCGGGUGGCUUUCCCUCCCCUUCUCCCUUCGCCUCGCACCCCGCUUCGCCCUUCUCUUAGACGACGGAACAUGUCGAACGUUGAUUUUCUCGGCCGGGCGGUCAACACCGUCAAGCAGGCCAUCGAGGCCGACAAUGCGGGCGAAUACGAGCGCGCCUUCAACCUCUACAAACAAUCCCUCGAAGUAUUCGUGCUAGCCAUCAAAUACGAGAAGAACCCCAAAUCCAAGGACAUGAUCCGCGCCAAGACCGCCGAAUACAUGGACCGCGCCGAGAAGCUGAAAUCCCACCUCGAUGAAGUCGAAGCGAAGAAAACCGCGGGGAAAGGAGCCGUCGGCGCCAACGGGAAGAGCAAGGACGAUAAGGAGGAAGACGGCGAGGAUAAGAAGCUCAAGAACGCCCUCAGCAGCGCCAUCCUUCAAGAGAGGCCCAAUGUUCGCUGGGAGGACGUCGCUGGCCUCGAGGCCGCCAAGGAGACUCUGAAGGAGGCCGUCGUGAUACCCAUCCGCUUCCCCAGCUUGUUCCAGGGGAAACGCCAGCCGUGGAAGGGCAUCCUGUUGUACGGCCCUCCGGGUACGGGCAAGAGUUACCUGGCCAAAGCCGUCGCGACCGAAGCGAACAGCACAUUUUUCAGCGUGAGCAGUUCCGAUCUGAUCAGCAAGUGGAUGGGCGAGAGUGAAAGACUUGUCAAACUCCUCUUCUCCAUGGCCCGCGAAAACAAACCAUCCGUCAUCUUCAUCGACGAAAUAGACGCUCUCUGCUCGCCCCGAGGCGAAGGCGACUCGGAGGCGUCGCGGCGCAUCAAGACAGAGCUCCUGGUGCAGAUGGACGGCGUGGGCAACGACAGCAAGGGCAUUCUCGUGCUCGGCGCCACGAAUAUCCCCUGGCAGCUCGAUUCGGCCAUCCGGCGCCGCUUCCAGCGUCGUAUCCACAUCGGUCUCCCCGACGCCGCCGGCCGGGCCAGCAUGUUCAGGAUCGCCGUCGGUGACACGGAGACCAAUCUCGCCGUGAACGACUACACCGCCCUCGCUAAGUCGAGUGAAGGGUACUCGGGCAGCGAUAUUGCCAACGUAGUACAGCACGCUCUCAUGAGGCCCGUGGCUAAGAUUGUACAAGCGACACAUUAUAAAGAGGUAAUAGUAGACGGGCAGAAGAAGCUCACGCCCUGCUCGCCGGGCGACCCUGCCGCCAAAGAGAUGAGCUGGCACGACGUGCAGUCCGACGACCUGCUCGCGCCGACCGUCGACGUCAAGGACUUUAAGCUUGCGCUGAAGGAGACGCCACCGACUGUAUCGAUGAGCGAUGUCGAAGCACACCAAAAAUGGACGGCAGAGCUAGGCAGCGAGGGAGCAUGAUGACGAGGCUCCAAGUCGAAGCCGAAGCGUGCGAGACGAGAAAAGAGGAAGGGGGACCAUGGCGUGGGUGACUCGGUGAACAAUGGAUGCCAGCCAGCUCCCACCAAGAGUUUCGUUUGGAAGAGUGAAGUGCUUGGAAAUCCCACAUCUACAGUACAUUCAGAGCAAAGAGAAGAG